AUGGCGGGAAUUGAUGGAGAGCAGGCGGUUCUCGCCCUGUCCUCCAGCGAGAUCGCCGACGUUGUUGCCGGACCCUUAGCUCACGCCCGGCAUUUCUGCGGCGACCCGGAGGGCUGGGGCCCCGUCAGCUCUAUCAGAUACGGUCUUACUCCUUGCUUCCUAGAUGUGUUCAUCUGCUUCGUGGCCGUGUUUGGGCUGGUUGGCUCUGCCGGAGCUCUGUGGCUGCUCUUGAGACAUAGAACAGCUGAAAACAUCCCACGGAACUGGCACUUUUACGCAAAAUUGUCAUUAAUAUGGGCUCUUGUUAUAGUUGUUGGACUCCAGGCGUCUCUACAAAUCGAAAACCUCCCGCAUGUCUGGGCCAGUGACUUUAGAUUCUGGACCACCAUCCUUCUCCUUCUCUCCCUCGUCUGUAUUUAUGCCGUUCAGUAUCACGAACAUUGGAGAAGUCGUCAGCCAAACGGUGUGGUGCUCUUUUACUGGCUCUUCUUCCUCAUUGCUCAUGGCGUCAAGCUUCAGUCGCUGGUGUCACGCCAGUACUAUCGAGAUCACUUGCCGUACUUUAUCACCUUCAACGUUGGCCUGGGUAUCGCUCUCCUGGAGUUCAUCCUCGAAUACUUCGUCAAGAAGAAGCAGAGCGUUUACCAUGCAUUGGGUGAUGAGGAUGAAUGUCCCUUCGAAUAUGCCGAUAUCUUCUCCGUCCUGACAUUCUCAUGGAUGACACCUCUGAUGAAACAAGGUUACAAGAGCUUUCUCACCCAGGACGAUAUGUGGAAUUUGCGAGAGCGAGAUACUACGCGUGUAACCGGUGAAAAAUUGCAAAGUGUAUGGGAAGACGAGCUUAGGAAGAAGAAGCCCUCUCUUUGGAUGGCCCUGUUCCGAGCAUUCAGCGCUCCCUAUUUCCGUGGUGCCCUGAUCAAAUGUUUGAGUGAUAUCCUAGCAUUUGUCCAGCCACAGCUUCUCCGUAUGCUCAUUAGCUUCGUUGAUUCUUACAAGACCAAUAACCCGCAGCCAGCUAUCCGCGGAGUCGCCAUUGCACUGGCUAUGUUCAUCGUUUCUGUUGUCCAGACUACGUGUCUGCACCAGUAUUUCCAGCGGGCAUUUGAGACUGGUAUGCGUGUCAAAUCUUCCUUGACUGCAAUGAUUUAUACAAAGGCUUUGAGACUAUCAAACGAAGGCCGUGCUACCAAGUCAACUGGAGAUAUUGUCAACCACAUGGCCGUAGACCAACAACGACUUUCCGACCUAGCUCAAUUUGGCACACAGUUGUGGUCAGCUCCAUUCCAGAUAACCCUGUGCAUGAUCUCCCUCUAUGACCUGAUCGGAUGGAGUAUGUGGGCCGGAAUUGCAGCCAUGGUGCUUAUGAUUCCGCUCAACGGUUUCAUUGCCAAUGUGAUGAAGACAUUACAGGUCAAACAGAUGAAGAACAAGGACCAGCGUACGAGACUAAUGACUGAAAUCUUGAACAACAUGAAGAGUAUUAAGCUCUAUGCCUGGAACACCGCCUUCAUGGGCAAGUUGAACCACGUCCGAAAUGAUCUGGAACUGAACACUCUACGCAAAAUUGGAGCUACUCAAGCAAUUGCUAACUUCACCUGGUCAUCCACACCUUUCCUGGUUUCAUGUUCCACCUUCGCCGUCUUUGUAUGGAUCACGGACAAGCCUCUCACCACCGAUAUCGUCUUCCCAGCAUUGACUCUUUUCAACUUGCUCACCUUCCCGCUCGCUAUCUUGCCGAUGGUCAUCACUUCCAUUAUCGAAUCCUCUGUUGCCAUCACACGUUUGACCGCAUAUUUAACCUCGGAAGAAUUGCAAGACAACGCUGUCCAGUACCAAGAUGCUGUUACUCACACUGGAGACGAGGCAGUAUCCAUUCGGGAUGCUACAUUCACCUGGAACAAGUAUGAGAGUGGGAAUGAAUUAGAGAAUCUCAACUUCAGUGCCCGGAAGGGUGAGUUGAGCUGCAUUGUCGGCCGUGUUGGCGCUGGAAAGUCUUCUCUCCUUCAGACUCUACUCGGUGACCUAUAUAAGGUCAGCGGAGAAGUUGUUGUCAAGGGCCGCAUUGCCUAUGUUGCUCAACAGGCGUGGAUCAUGAACGCUAGUGUUAGAGACAACAUUGUCUUCGGGCAUAGAUGGGAUCCCCAUUUCUAUGAACUGACAGUGGCUGCUUGUGCCUUGCUAGAUGACUUCAAGACCCUGCCUGACGGCGACCAGACUGAAGUUGGAGAACGUGGAAUUUCUUUGUCCGGCGGCCAAAAAGCACGACUCAGCUUGGCCAGAGCUGUUUAUGCUCGUGCUGACGUUUAUCUUCUUGAUGAUUGCCUGUCUGCUGUCGAUCAGCAUGUCGGAAGACAUCUUAUCAACCGUGUCUUGGGCAAGAAUGGAAUCCUAUCUACCAAGACCAGAAUUCUUGCUACCAAUGCCAUUACCGUCCUGAAGGAGGCUGACUUCAUUGCCUUGCUUCGAAAUCGCACUAUCAUCGAAAAGGGAACAUAUGAGCAGCUUCUAGCUAUGAAAGGAGAAGUCGCAAACUUGAUCCGCACAGCUAUCACCGAGGAUGACUCCAGAUCCAGCGGAAGCAGUAAAGACGACGGCCUAGGCGGCUCAGAAUCAUCCUCCACAAUGAUUGACAUAGAGGAUGAUAGCCCUAUCGCCUCAGACAACGAAGAGGCUCAAGAGCGCUUCGCACCCCUUGCUCCUAUUCGAAGUGUUGGUGGAGGGAAGCCACGCCGCGAAAGCACCACCACACUUCGCCGCGCAAGUACCGUUAGCCGACCAAACUUCAGAGGGAAAAUCACUGAUGAAGAAGAGGUUCUCAAAUCCAAGCAGACCAAAGAAGGCAUGGAGCAAGGAAAGGUGAAGUGGAGCGUGUAUGGGGAGUAUGCUCGGACGAGCAACCUCUACGCUGUGUCUGCCUAUCUGAUUAUCCUCGUUAUGGCACACGGUACGCAGGUAGCUGGUAACUUCUGGCUGAAGCAAUGGUCAGAAUUAAACGAGAAAGAGGGCAUCAAUGCUGAAAUUGGGAAAUAUCUCGGAAUUUACUUUGCUUUUGGAAUCGGUUCAUCUGCACUUGUGAUUUUGCAGACUUUGAUUCUUUGGAUUCUUUGCUCCAUUGAGGCAUCACGAAAACUGCAUGAGCGGAUGGCGUUUGCUAUCUUUAGAUCUCCCAUGAGUUUCUUCGAAACCACUCCUGCCGGACGUAUUCUUAACCGCUUUUCCAGUGAUAUGUAUCGUGUAGACGAGAUGCUUGCGCGAACGUUCAAUAUGGUAUGUCUGCUUCAACCAUUUACUCGAUAGCACGUAAGCUAACAAUCCAUUAUAGCUGUUUUCCAACUCCGCCCGCGCUAUAUUUACUGUCGUAGUUAUCGGCAUCUCUACACCUUGGUUCCUUAUUCUUGUCUUCCCACUCGGCUACGUUUAUCUGAGAUACCAGAAGUAUUAUCUGAGAACAUCGCGAGAACUGAAGCGUCUUGACAGUGUCAGCAAGAGUCCCAUCUUUGCGCACUUCCAAGAGAGUCUUGGUGGAAUAUCCACUAUCAGAGCAUUCAGACAACAAAAGCGAUUUGCUCAGGAGAAUGAAUGGCGAAUGGAUGCCAAUAUCAGAGCGUACUUCCCGUCUAUUAGUGCCAAUAGAUGGCUUGCAGUGCGACUUGAAUUCCUCGGAUCUGUCAUUAUCCUCGCAGCUGCCAUUUUCUCAAUCAUAUCUGUGACUACGCACACCGGUAUUACCGCUGGUAUGGUUGGUCUUGCGAUGUCGUAUGCGCUAAUGAUUACCCAAUCUCUCAACUGGAUUGUGCGACAGACGGUAGAGGUGGAGACGAAUAUUGUUUCUGUUGAGCGUGUGCUCGAAUAUGCAAAUCUCCCAAGUGAAGCCCCAGAUGUUAUAUUCAAAAAUCGACCCACCUUAGGCUGGCCCUCGCAGGGCGCUGUGACAUUCAACAACUACAGCACGAGAUACCGUCCCGGAUUGGAUCUUGUGCUGAAGGGAAUUAACCUUAACAUCAAGCCGCACGAGAAGAUUGGAGUUGUGGGAAGAACCGGAGCAGGCAAAAGUUCAUUGACACUGUCUUUGUUCCGUAUUAUCGAGGCAGCCGAAGGCCAAAUCAGGUAAGUCGAUACAAGUGUUGGGUGUGCACGGGUGAACCGAAUUGUCGGGAAAAAUGCAGCUAGCUAACCAAGCGUUACCUAUCUCAACAAUAGUAUCGACGGAUUGGAUAUCAGCAAGAUUGGCUUGCAGGACCUGCGUGGCCGUCUUGCGAUUAUCCCACAGGACGCAGCUUUGUUCGAAGGGACUGUUCGAGAUAACCUUGACCCCCGUCAUGUACACGAUGACACCGAACUAUGGAGCGUCCUUGGUAUGUCAAAUUCAUGUCUUAGAUUUUUGAAUGCAUUCUCGUGCAUCAUGCAGACUACUGACUGUCAUCAAUCCUCAGAACAUGCACGGCUUAAAGACCACGUCUCUAGCUUACCCGGACAGCUGGAUGCUCAGAUACAUGAAGCAGGUACGUUGGUUGGGGUUGUUUAUUCGAUUUCUGGGAUCGAUUCCGAUUCGCGAGCACGAAAUCUAAUGCAUGACUGCGCAGGAUCCAACCUGAGUCAGGGACAACGACAACUCGUCUCGAUGGCUAGAGCACUAUUGACUCCAAGCAACAUUUUGGUGCUUGAUGAAGCAACUGUAAGUGACCGGAUUAGUCCAUUCGAUUCCAAUUUCUCAAAAUGUUAUGUCCUGAUGGGGAUGAGCCGUCCUUGGCUAACCGCGAUAUGAAUAAUCAAUGGAUCUAGGCCGCCGUGGAUGUUGAAACCGAUGCCCUCUUGCAACAGAUGUUGCGCAGUAGUAUCUUCGAGAACCGCACGAUCAUAACGAUCGCUCACCGUAUCAACACCAUUCUGGACAGCGAUCGGAUUGUUGUGCUUGAUCGCGGCACUGUAGCUGAGUUCGACACUCCUGCCGAACUCAUUCGACGUGGAGGGCAAUUCUACACUCUCGUCAAGGAGGCAGGGUUGCUUGAAACCGGCACUUCUUCCCCGGCUGCCCUGGAUAAAUAAGGGAUUACCCGAAUAGGCAAAAACAACAGCAUGGAUCGGAGUUAUCCCAGAGUAGCGGGGGAGGAGAUGUGGCAUCCCGCCCAUCGACAAAAAAAAAAAAAGGCCUCCUGGAGUCGUUCCGUUUCAUUAUCAACAAGCAGUGUGGCUAUCAUCGCCAGCACUGCCCUCAUCGCCCUUAUUUUCCUUCCCUUAUCUGCCCCAUUUCCAUUUCCAUUUCUUUCAUCAAACAGCUAUAGAGCAGGGGGGGAUGUCGAACAAGGCCUUGACUCGACGGGCCGGCGGAUACACGGGUGGGUUCAGCACUGUCCAUCCAACCCAGCCCGUUUGUUCGCUUGUUCGUUUAUUUAUUGUUCCGCCUCGCUUCAAAGGGGAUGGUAAAUUUUCAAUAAUUUUGCUUGCCUGACCUGUCCCUGCCUCUACCGAGUCCAUGGUUCGACUCGAUGCAGCCAACAUACAGCAACCCUCUUCCCCUUUUUCUCCUUUGUGGUUUGGCUAUUUUUCUCAGCCCCGGGGAAUGUUUGGCUUCCGAACCGUCGGGCCCAAUAUCCCAGCAACAUCGCACAUUAACAUCGAGUUCCGGGAUAAAGGGAAGGGUGGUGUGGAGCAAAUCGACUCCAUUGCUGGGGGUUUUCGGCUUUGGCAGGCGACGAUACGGGUUUGCCCAGCGUGCAGCAUCGUACUUUGCUACGCGGCGGUACGAAAGGGGAAGAAAGCGAAAAAAAUAGUUAGACAUUAUCACACAACCCGCUGUAUAUAUGUGGCCUGCUAUUAUAACUAAAUUGGCAACCAAAAAAAAAUGUUAAUAGUGUUCUU